ACUAGCCAUCCAUGAAUUUAAUGUCAGUAUUUUCAGAACGAAUUGUUCACAACUUUGUACGCCGUUAACGUAGGCAGCCCUCUAUAAUAAUAUUUCCCACACGAAACAGUAAAAAAAAAACGAUUUUUCAAAAUUGAAUACCAAAAAAAAAACCUCCGAAAACACAAUGUUUAGCAUAUAUGAAAACACUUUGCGAUUUGUCACCCUAAUCGCGGGCUGUUUCUACCCGGCUUUCGUUUCAUUCAAAUUCCUAAACGCCCAACAGCAGCGUCCCAAUGGCAAUGAGAGCAACGAAAACCUAAGUAUCUGGCUGACCUAUUGGAUUGUGUACGGUGUCUGGUCUGUGUUUGACGUACUGUCCAUGGACCUUGCGGAUACUAUACCGUUACUGGGCGAGAUGAAGCUGAUCUUCGUGUGCUGGCUACUGCCUUCUAUUGGUGGCGGCAGUCAGGUGAUCUACGAGGACUUCCUGUAUUCCUUUUUUAGCAACAAUGAGGGUAUCAUCGACCAUACCCUUGUCGAUGCAACAAUUGGGGUUGUUGGAUUCAUGGACCGGAUGCUGCGCACUUGCAUGAGCCAUAUAAUGCGGGUUGUAGAUGAUUAUCUGCUAACCCGGGGUUUACGUCAAGAUCCUGCUGUCCAGUUAUUACCGCCCAGUGUCGACGAAUUUUUGGCCAAUAUGCAGAUGGAGAGAAAGCCAAAGCAGGGAAAAACAGAAGACCUGGCCAAUACCAUUGAGAAGGCUCUGGUUGAGGAGACAGGAAAGGUUGAUGACAACAACUUAUCGGUGGAAAAUUUAAAAGUGCUGAACAAAACCGAGCCCGAAGAACUGGUCUUUAAGGAGAUUAUCUCAGAGCGCAAAAAGAAGCCGAAAACAUUGCCGAAACCCGUAAAAGGCCAGUCACCUUCCUUCGGUCAUGGGAAAUUGGAUCUUAAGACGAUCUCCAAUCCAAAUCAAUUUGCGGUUUUGGCCAACAACGAAACUGAAAUAGAGUAGUUUCAAGUAAUUAUAGGACUUACCCUUUGGCUUUGUUAAAACCAGAUAGCUGUAGAUUCCAACUUAACUAAGGCUUUAUAUCCAAAUUCCAAAUGUUUAUUCACUUUUUUAACGCUCCCUCUCAAUAUGUUUAUUAAAAUUUGGAUCAAAAUUAUAUCAAUCGUGGUUUUUUUCUAUCU